CAGCCGGGCCCCGCCGCCGCCCUUGGCACCGCGUUGCUGCUGCUCCUGUUGGCCACCGAGUCCUCGCACACGGUGUUGCUGCGGCCGCGCGAGGCAGCGCAGUUCCUGCGGCCGAGACAGCGUCGAGCCUACCAGGUUUUCGAGGAAGCUAAGCAGGGUCAUUUGGAGAGAGAAUGCAUAGAAGAACUGUGCAACAAGGAGGAGGCCCGGGAGGUGUUCGAGAACGACCCCGAGACGGACUAUUUUUAUCCAAGAUACUUAGAAUGCAUUAAGAUAUAUGGAUCUCCAUAUGCCAAAAAUCCCAAGUUUGUUUCAUGCGUUCAAAAUCUGCCUGACCAAUGUACUCCGAACCCCUGUGAUAAGGAGGGAACACAAGUCUGCCAAGACCUAAUGGGCAACUUCUACUGCCUGUGUAAAGCCGGCUGGGGGGGCCGGCUCUGUGAUAAAGAUGUCAAUGAAUGCAGCCAACAGAACGGGGGCUGUAAUCAAAUUUGCUACAACAAGUUGGGCAGCUUCCACUGUGCCUGUUACAGUGGCUACACACUCUCCUCUGACAGUAGGACCUGUGAAGACAUAGAUGAAUGCUCAGACACGGAUGCCUGUGGGGAGGCUCGCUGCAUGAACCUGAUGGGGUCAUACUCCUGCCUUUGUGACAAGGGCUACAAGUAUGACAGCGAGAAGAAGGUCUGCCAAGAUGUGAAUGAAUGUGACGAAAACCUCUGUGAACAGGUCUGUGUCAACUCCCCAGGGAGCUACACCUGUCACUGUGACGGAAAAGGGGGCCGCAAACUAUCGCAGGACAUGAACACGUGUGAGGACAUUUUGCCAUGUGUACCUUUUAAUGUGGCCAAAAGUGUGAAGUCUUUAUAUCUUGGACGGAUGUUCAGUGGGACCCCUGUGAUUAGGCUACAUUUCAAAAGACUGCAGCCUGCAAGACUUGUGGCUGAGUUCGACUUUAGAACCUUUGACCCUGAAGGUGUCCUUUUCUUUGCUGGAGGACAUCAAGAGAGCACCUGGAUCGUCCUCGCUCUGCGGGCAGGCAGGUUGGAGCUGCAGCUCCGUUACAAUGGGAUCGGCCGUGUCACCAGCAGCGGGCCCGUCAUCAACCAUGGCAUGUGGCAAACGAUUUCUGUUGAGGAACUGGAACGGAAUCUAGUGAUCAAAGUCAACAAGGAUGCUGUUAUGAAAAUAGCAGUGGCUGGGGAUCUGUUUCAGCUGGACAGAGGACUGUAUCAUUUGAAUUUUACAGUGGGAGGCAUUCCCUUUAAAGAUAAAGACCUCAUCCAACCUAUAAACCCUCGCCUGGAUGGUUGUAUGAGGAGUUGGAACUGGUUGAAUGGUGAAGACACUACCAUCCAAGAAACAGUAAAAGUGAACACUAAAAUGCAAUGCUUCUCCGUGACGGAAAAAGGGUCUUUCUAUCCUGGGAAUGGAUUUGCUUUCUAUAGCCUCAAUUAUAUGCGAACGUCAUUGGAUGUUGGAACAGAAACUACCUGGGAAAUAGAAGUCAGUGCUCGGAUCCGCCCCGCCACAGACACUGGGGUGCUGCUAGCGCUGAUGGGAGAGGAUAACACCGUUCCCCUCUCUGUAGCCCUGGUCGACUACCACUCCACAAAGAAGCUCAAAAAACAGCUGGUUGUCCUGGCCAUCGAGAAUGUCUCCCUGUCCCUGAUGGAAAUCAAGGUCUGCGACAGUCAGGAGCACGUAGUGACAGUCUCUGUGAAAGAAGGGGAGGCAACCCUGGUGGUUGAUGGUACCAAGGGCCAGAGUGAAGUGAGCCCUGCCCAACUGCAGGAGAGACUGGCUGUGCUGAAGAGGCACCUGCAAGACUCUGUGCACACAUUUGUGGGGGGAAUCCCAGAUGUUCCCGUGACUUCAGCACCAGUCACGGCAUUCUACCAUGGCUGCAUGACUGUGGAGGUCAACAAGAAAGCCCUGGACUUAGACGAAGCCGUGUACAAACACAGUGACAUUACGUCACAUUCUUGUCCUCCGAUUGAGCACGCUGCCCCAUAG